CGCCAGGACCUCCUGCGUGCCUCUUUCGCCGCACCAUCGACGAGGUGGAGGUGUUCCUCGCUGGCAUUCGCCGCUCUGCGGAGUCCUCCUGAUGGGUGCCGGAGACAUGCAGCUGCAGCCGGACAGUCGGGCCCGCCCGUAGAGGGUGUGUCGGUGGCUGAGCAAGGCUCGACCGGGUACCUGCAGUUCGAGCCCGCCCGGAGACGG